AUGGCUCGUGAGAUGUCAUCCUUGUUGUGCUGUCUGGUCGCCUGUGCCGCGAGUGCAGCUGCAGCGACAGAGGUUCCAGCGACAGGGGGAUGCAAUCAUCUUGGCUCAGCCUCGGAGAUGGAAGAUCAUAACUCCCAGCUGCAGACAAAGCCAGCACGCGCGAGCACAAGUCACAAGGAAGGUCACAAGGGAUUUCCGGAUUGGUUGCUUUGGAAGAUGAAGGGGCAGAUCGAGGACCAAGCGGCUGCCUCGGCUUUGGACUGCAGCUUUGUUUGGAGUGUGUCGCAGAACCAAAAGGGCCGCAUCGAAGUGCCAGUGGGCAGCACUUGCGGCUACGAUGACAGCGUUGGUGAAUCGGAUGUUGUUUGCACGGUGACCCAGGGCCCCUCAACCAAUCCACAGUCAGUGAACUCAGACAUAACGCCCUUCGAGCUGCAGCCGGAGGGUUCGGGGGUGAACUACUACAUUGAGAUUGUGUCCAACGAUGCAAACUACACCUUCAGACCACCUGACGAGUGGUUCAUCGCAUGCCGUGCAGCUACUAUUACUAGCACAUAG